GAAUAGAUUGAGAGCCGAGGCUUAAGAUAACGUCAUAUGUCCUUCAAGUCAAAUAUUUGGUAACAGUAGAAAGCAACGUACGGUAAGGAGAUCAGAUAGUCUGAGUGGAAAGUCUAGUUUUCGUGUAUAACUGAUAUAGAUCUAAACGCUACGAUGCUGUGUCACUCCGACGCUUUAACCCAGCCAAUCAUUGACCCCCGGCCUGAGCUCAGCUACCGAACGGUCAACGGCAAGCUGAGGUUUAUCUGGGAGAGUUUUCCAGAACGAGAGCACUACAAAUUGGUGUUACGUAACCACUCCCAGCUGUGUCAGAUCGCUCACCGGGUCGAGGACAUGUUUAACAUCAUACGUGAUGACGUAGUUUACAACGACUGGCCUGUCAGCUGGUUGACAGGGUUGCCGUUCUGCUACAUCAGCACCGGAUGUACGAUCGUCAAGUCCACUCUCACAGACUGUCCGGCGGAGAAGGUUGUCAGUAAGACCUGGGACCUGAUAGAGAAAGAGAAGUGCACCAUCGCCAGCCUGCAGCCCUCCAUGAUCCAGAUGCUCUCCUCCCACUGUGAAGAUAUCCCAGAGCCCCACUGGAAGCUCAAAGUCCUCAGCACCACCGGCUUCGUCCGGCAGUCCGUCAUGGACGCCAUUGGACCGUGCACUGACGCCAUCGUCACCUGCUGCUCGUUGAUUGAGGCCGGUGUGGUGUCUAGACUGAUGUUGACAGACACCACCAAGACCCGCUACACGGAGGGCUGUGUCGGUGACCUCACUGACCCGGUCAGGACCAGGUUUGACACAAAGGGACCAGGUUCAGCUAAACCUACCAAGGUUCAAGCAGCCCAGCCCUAUAAAAGAUGCCAAGCAUCUUUCCUUUUCAUGGCUAUAAUUUAUAGCUGUUUUAUAGGCCUAAUUGCUUCUGAGCCAAAAAAUACGGAAACUACGGAAAUAUUUGAAGGCGAUUUAGACAGUCCCGGCAAUCUGUCCGUCUCAAAUACUGUCGAGGCAUUGAAAGAGAUGCUGUUUCAAGAGCGAAAAGAAAACAAAAAAUUGAUUAAAGCUUAUCAAGAUUCCCUAAGACAAAUUAAGCAUGGCAUAUUCAAGGAAACGAAACAACUGCAGGAAGUUGACGUUCCGGAGAAAACAGAACCCACCGCUCCCCCCCAAACAAAAAAUGGAAACAAAAAUACCAUCACAAUAUCCUUAGUUGUGUUGAAUGGAAUACUUUUCUUGUGUUGUGCCAUUUGUGUUGGUGCGGCAGUGGUUGACACCUACUUUUAUACACGGACAGUCCUUCAGUUCGGCGAGCUCUUAUUGCCAGCACAACGUCAAAAGCUGGCAAAAACUGUCUACUCAACAAUUUUUACUGGUGUAUUUUGCGGCGUAGUAUUGGGGGUAACUUUGAGUCUUCUGUUAAAUCUUUAAGUAUGAAUAAUUAGAUAAAAGUUAUAUUUUAAUAUUCAGUUGUUAUUCUUAAGCAAAGUCUAAACAUUUGCUUGACUGCUGAAAUUUACUUGAAUUAGAAAUAAAAUUUACAAUUGUUAUAGUUAAACAGGGUAAUUUCAUCUGAUAUAUAAAAUCAAGUUAAUAUAGUGUUUUCAAUUGUAUUUAAAUAGUUUACAGUUUACAAACCCUAGAAAAAUCUGUCUCUUAAUUUGUCUCUAGUGUCGUCUCUCUUAAGUUACUAUUGUAUACCAAUAAUUCAUUGAUUAAUUCAUUGAUCUAAUCUUU